AUGGUGAAAUUGGGAUGCGUCGUUGCUUUAUGUGCAUUCAGUCUACUUCUGAGCAUUGCUCAACAAAGACUUGUAGCACCGCAUAGCUUCCUCGUCUUUCCCAUUCUCGAACCAGUGCUCAACGAAAGCCACCCUCACCAGCCCUGCUACGUUGUUGCAUUCAUACCCUCCAGAAAACAUCCAUGGACUCGAACUCCUCCAAGAGCUGAUUCGCCACGUCGACGUUCCCUAGCUUCAAGAAGCCGCGGAUCACAUAGUGCCUCGUCGAACCUCAAGGCCUUUACCAACACUUUGGUCAAGUGA